CGUCAAAACCUUAAAACUUUGGAACCUUAAAGCCUUCGGAACCUCGGAAAUAAGGACGGAACUAUAUCCCGUUGAGGACCUCGGGAAUAGAACGCGUAAGCAACGUAGAGAACCGCGACGUCGAGGGACAUCCAACCUUUUUUCAGGAUUAGUAGACCUUAUUUUGCAGGAGAAAUCUCUGUUUUGCAAAAAUCAUGGAUACUAUAUACUUGAAAAUGAGCCCGAUGCCAUUCUUCCCCAGGCAGGCACCAAUGGAAUCCUAAAAAAUAUGGUUUGA